AGCGGAGGCGCGGCCGGAGGGCGCCGGGGGCAGCAUGAAGUCCCUGCUCUUCAGCCGCUUCCUCCUGCUGCUGCCCUGGGUGCUCAUCGUCAUCAUCGUGCUGGACAUCGAUAGUAGCCGGGCGCCGCUGCCCGCGCUGUACCCCCGCGGCGGGGGCGAGGGCGGUAGCGGCGGGGCGCGGCCUCCCGCCCCGCGGCGGCGGCCCGAGGCGGCGCUGCCCACCAUCUAUGCCAUCACGCCCACCUACAGCCGCCCGGUGCAGAAGGCCGAGCUCACCCGCCUGGCCAACACCUUCCGGCAGGUGUCGCGGCUCCACUGGAUCCUGGUGGAGGACGCGGCGGCGCGCAGCGAGCUGGUGACCCGGUUCGUGGCGGGCGCGGGGCUGCCCUGCACGCACCUGCACGUCCCCACCCCGCGCCGCUACAAGCGCCCCGGGCUGCCCCGCGCCACCGAGCAGCGCAACGCCGGCCUGGCCUGGCUGCGGCAGCGCCACCAGCACCUGCCGCCCCCGCAGCCCGGCGUGCUCUUCUUCGCCGACGACGACAACACCUACAGCCUGGAGCUGUUCCAGGAGAUGCGCACAACGCGCAAGGUGUCCGUGUGGCCCGUGGGGCUGGUCGGGGGACGGCGGUACGAGCGCCCGGUCGUGGAGAACGGCAAAGUUGUUGGCUGGUACACGGGCUGGAGAGCUGACAGGCCCUUUGCUAUUGACAUGGCAGGAUUUGCUGUGAGUCUUCAAGUGAUCCUGUCGCAUCCCAAAGCCGUAUUCAAGCGUCGUGGUUCUCAACCAGGAAUGCAAGAAUCUGAUUUUCUGAAACAGAUAACAACAGUGGAGGAACUGGAGCCAAAAGCAAACAACUGCACAAAGGUUCUGGUAUGGCACACGCGAACAGAGAAGGUGAAUCUAGCUAACGAGCCAAAGUACCACCUGGAUACAGUCAAUAUUGAGGUAUGAUGUGGGGAGACAGUCACACAGCAAGUGCAGGACAACGGACACGUCAGCACGUGUUUGAAUUCAGCCAGUUAAAAUCAUCUGGUUCUGUGUGAGACCUGAUGGACUUCUGUGGAAAAAAAAGGAAGCUGUCAGAGACUCUAGUAAGCAAAUCAUGUGGGUGUGCUUGUUCUAACUUGUCUGCAUGCAUUUCUGAACUCUCAGCUUAAUAAACUGACACUUACCUUUGUUUUAACGCUGUUUCCACAUAGAGAAACGUGGUGUAAUGGAAUUUUUUCAAAAUCAUUAUUUAUGUAUAUACUUUUUGUAUUUAUCCAGCUUAAUGGUGUAAUUAUAAACUGAUUUUAACUCACAAACUGUUGAUCUAAAUAUCUGCAUAAAUGGAUCCUCUAAACCGAACAUGUUUUACUUCAUUAGAAGUAGCGGUCAAAUAGGUCAUACAAUAACAAAAUAAAAACCCAAAAUCAUUUACGGAUUUAUCCUUUUAAUAUAGGGAAAUAACAUUUUAUCAUUACGAGGCACCAUAAAAUGUAAACACAAUCACUGUCAUAAACCUGGAUCUCUGCAAGGAAAAAUAUAUCCAUUCAUUUGGAGUUACCCUGUAUGCAUAUUGUGCCGCCAGUUCUCAGCAUUAAUACUGUGCGUGUGCCUCGUGAGCCAGAUCAGAGACUUUAUCACAGGAAACUCAAAUGCAUCAAAUGCUCGUUUUUAAAAGAAUAAACUAUUGAUUUGUAGAACUACA